GUGGAACAAGAAGUAAUGACUAUAUGGCGCAAUUUGUACAAGUUGCAAAAAACAUUCAGUGACAUGCCAAAACCUAUGGGAAUAGCUGAAAGUGUUAGAGGCACAGUUGAAAAGUUUAAAGAUUAUGUUCCAUUAGUACACACUGUAUGUAACCCUGGUCUCCGAGAAAGACAUUGGGAUCAGAUUUCUGAAAUAGUUGGAUUUCCAUUAAAGCCAGACAAAUCUACUACUUUAGUUAAAUUAAUUGGUUUAAACCUUUUGGAUUACAUUACUCAGUUUGAAGGCAUAAGUGAAGCUGCAAGUAAAGAAUUUAAACUUGAAAAAUCUUUGGAAAAGAUGAUUGAAGAAUGGAGUGAAAUGGUCAUAUCUGUGAUCCCUUUUCGAGAAUCUGGAACAUAUAUCUUGUCAUCCGUUGAUGAAAUUCAAAUGCUUUUAGAUGAUCACAUUGUAAAAACUCAGACUAUGCGUGGAUCACCUUCUAUAAAGCCUAUUGAAGCAAAAGUUAAAUCCUGGGAGAGUAAAUUGAUGUUGCUGCAAGAAAUCAUAGAUGAAUGGCUGAAAGUUCAAGCAACCUGGCUUUAUUUAGAACCUAUAUUUAGUUCCCCUGACAUAAUGGCGCAGAUGCCUGAAGAAGGAAGACGAUUUAAUACAGUGGAUAAAAACUGGAGAGAAAUAAUGAAAGCAGCCUUAGAAGAUAAGCAUAUUCUUAUUGUUAUUGAAAUUGAAAACUUGCUUGAUACUUUGAAAACAUCAAAUGAACUUCUUGACUUGAUUCAGAAGGGUCUUAAUGAUUACUUAGAAAAGAAACGUUUAUUUUUCCCUCGAUUUUUCUUUCUAUCCAAUGAUGAACUUCUGGAGAUACUCUCUGAGACCAAGGAUCCCAAGAAGGUCCAACCGCAUCUGAAGAAAUGCUUUGAAGGGAUUGCAAAAUUGAAGUUCCUUGAAAAUUUGGACAUUACGCACAUGGAAAGUAGUGAAGGAGAAGUUAUUGAACUUACUGAUACAAUAUCUGUCACAAAAGCUAGAGGACAAGUUGAAAAAUGGUUGCUUGAACUAGAAUCAUACAUGUUAUCGAGCAUUAAAAAGGUUGUGGCUGAUGCUUUAGAAGCUUAUGCUAGUAAACCUCGUGAGGACUGGGUUCUUGAUUGGCCUGGACAAGCUGUUCUUUGCUGUUCUCAAAAUUAUUGGACUGCAGAAAUGCACAAAGCUAUUAAAGAAGGCCCACAGGCCCUAUCAAGCUACUUACAGCAAAACAAUGAACAAAUUGAAAAAGUUGUAAGCUUGGUAAGAGGUAAACUUUCAACACAAAAUCGAAUCACACUUGGAGCUCUGGUUGUUUUGGAUGUGCAUUCCCGUGAUGUUGUUGAGUACAUAUGCAGUGCUAAAGUAACAUCUGAUGAAGAUUUCUCUUGGUUGAGUCAAUUGAGAUAUUAUUGGAUUGAGGAUGAUAUGACCACAAAGAUGAUAAAUUCUUUCCUAGAUUAUGGUUAUGAAUAUCUUGGCAAUUCUGGCCGAUUGGUUAUUACCCCUUUGACUGAUAGGUGUUAUCGUACUUUAUAUGGAGCUCUUAAUCUUCAUCUGGGUGGUGCACCAGAAGGUCCUGCUGGAACUGGAAAAACAGAAACAACCAAAGAUUUGGCAAAAGCUGUUGCCAAACAAUGUGUAGUGUUCAACUGCUCAGAUGGUUUAGACUAUAUUGCUUUGGGAAAGUUUUUUAAGGGCCUUGCUUCUUGUGGUGCUUGGUCAUGCUUUGAUGAAUUUAAUCGAAUAGAUUUAGAAGUGUUAUCUGUUGUUGCUCAACAAAUCUUAACCAUACAGCGCGGAAUAAAUGCUGGAGCUAAGACGUUGCUCUUUGAAGGCACUGACAUUAAACUUAACCCAACAUGUUCGGUAUUCAUCACCAUGAAUCCUGGGUAUGCUGGUCGCUCUGAGUUGCCUGAUAAUCUUAAAGCACUUUUUCGCCCUGUUGCUAUGAUGGUUCCAGACUAUGCUCUAAUCUCUGAAAUUGUUUUGUACUCAUGCGGCUUUGUAAAUGCAAGACCUCUAGCUGUGAAAAUCGUUGCCACCUAUCGUCUAUGCUCAGAACAGUUAUCCUCUCAAAGCCAUUAUGACUAUGGCAUGCGAGCUGUAAAAUCAGUCCUUACUGCUGCUGGCAAUCUAAAACUGAAAUAUCCAGAAGAAAGUGAAGACAUUUUAGUUCUUCGCUCAAUCACUGAUGUCAAUUUGCCAAAAUUUUUGACAAAUGAUCUUCCUUUAUUUUCGGGAAUAACUUCUGACUUGUUUCCUGGAAUUUCUCUUCCAUCUCCUGACUACCAAUACUUGAAUGCUUCAAUACUAAAGACUUGCAAUGAAAUGAACUUACAAUGUCCUGCAUCGUUUCUUGAAAAAAUUCAGCAGAUAUAUGAAAUGAUGAUUGUUCGUCACGGGUUCAUGAUUGUAGGAAUGCCAUUUGGAGGAAAAACCUCAGCUUAUCGUGUUCUGGCUGGAGCUUUAGCGGACAUAAAUGAGCAAGGUUUAAUGGGAGAAAAUAAAGUUGUAAUUACUGUGAUAAAUCCGAAAUCAAUAACAAUGGGCCAACUCUAUGGACAGUUUGAUCCAGUUUCUCAUGAAUGGUCCGAUGGAAUACUAGCUGUGAGUUACAGAGCAUUUGCCCAAUCAACAACACCUGAUAGAAAAUGGUUGAUAUUUGAUGGUCCAGUUGAUGCAAUAUGGAUAGAAAAUAUGAAUACAGUAUUAGAUGAUAAUAAGAAACUUUGCCUGAUGAGUGGAGAAAUUAUACAACUUGCACCGACUACAAAUUUAAUAUUUGAGCCAAUGGAUCUAGAAGCUGCAUCACCCGCUACAGUGUCAAGAUGUGGAAUGAUCUAUAUGGAACCAUCAUCUCUUGGAUGGAAGCCAAUGCUAUUAUCUUGGUUAAAUGAAUUUCCUCCGUCAAUAACACAGGAUUCCAAAGAUCUAAUUAUAGAACUUUUUGAUUUCUUUUGUCCUCCCCUUCUAUCUUAUGUUAGUAAUAACCCAACAAAAGAACUUUCUCCAACUACUGAUGGAAAUAGAGUUAGAUCCCUAAUGAAUUUAUUGGACUGCUUAUUUGAUGAUUUUGCUUUCGUGGGAAAAAUGCCAGAAUCACAGCUACCAACUUUUUUGCAAUGCAGCUUUCUUUUUGCUUGUGUCUGGUCACUAGGUGCAACUACAAAUGAAGAUUCUCGAUCUGAAAUAGAUGUUAUUUUUCGAGAGCUAAUGACUGGGAAGCUUUCUGAUGAAACUUAUCUAUUAUGUCGAUUGCCAGAUGGAAGAGUGCAUAGUACAACUGCAGUUUUAAAUUUACCUAUUCCAGAAGAUGGCCAAAUUUAUGAUUAUCAAUUUAUUAAUGAUGGCGAAAAUCCUGGUCGAUGGGUUGAAUGGAAAGAAGAAGUAUCUAAAGCUCCUGACAUUCCUAAAGAAGCUCAAGUAAAUCAGAUCAUUGUCACAACAGUAGAUACUGUUCGAUAUACAACUCUAAUGUCACUACUUGUCAAUCAUGGGAAACCGUCCCUAUUUGUUGGACCUACUGGGACAGGAAAAUCUAUUUAUGUUACGGAUUUCCUCUUGAAUGGGACAAAUAGUAAUAUUUACAAACCUUUAUUCAUAAAUUUUUCUGCUCAAACAAGUGCUGGACAAGUUCAAGACAUAAUUAUGUCAAAAUUAGAUAAAAGAAGGAAAGGUUUAUAUGGGCCUCCACUUGGACAAAAAAUGGUUGUAUUUGUGGAUGAUUUAAAUAUGCCUGUGCUUGAAACAUAUGGGGCUCAACCUCCUAUUGAGCUGUUGAGACAAUGGCAAGAUCAUUUUACCUGGUAUGAUAUGAAAGAAGUUGCUCCUAUAAAAUUAACUGAUGUUCAACUCAUUGCUGCAAUGGGUCCGCCAGGUGGAGGUCGUAAUCCAAUUACACCACGUUUCCUGCGACACUUCAAUUCCAUAACAAUAAAUGAGUUUCGAGACAAUAUCAUGAUCACUAUUUUCAGCAAAAUCCUCUCUUGGCAUAUGAGCACUAAGGGUUUUGAAGAUGUAUUUGAACCAAGUAUUUCUGAACUUGUGAAUGCUACUCUGGUUGUAUAUAAAGAAGCCAUUUUAAAUCUUUUACCAACUCCUACAAAAUCUCACUAUCUUUUCAAUUUAAGAGAUUUUUCUCGUGUAAUUCAAGGACUUCUUUUGUCGUUUCCAAAAACUGUUGAAAAUCCAUCUGGACUGAAAAAACUAUGGAUUCAUGAAAUUUUCCGAGUAUUUUAUGAUCGAUUAGUUGACAGCGCUGAUCGUACCUGGCUCUUUGAAUGCACAAAACGAGUCUGUGAAGAUGAACUUAAAGAAAAUUUUAAUGAAUUAUUGGCACCAUUGGAUAGUGAUGGUGAUAACAUAGUAACAGAAGAUGAUAUGCGAUCACUUAUGUAUUGUGAUUUCGGUGAUCAGAAAUCAGACACACGUUUUUACAUGGAAGUAACAGAUUUUACUUCUUUGAGGACUAUUAUUGAAGGAUUUUUGGAGGAAUAUAACAACAUGAGUAAAAAACCUAUGAGUUUAGUUCUUUUUAGGUUUGCAGUUGAACAUCUUUGUCGCAUUUCAAGAGUACUUAAACAACGUCGCAGCCAUGCACUGCUUGUGGGUGUUGGUGGAUCCGGAAGACAAUCUCUUACUCAUCUUGCUGCCCAUAUUGCUGAUUACGAACUUUUUCAAGUGGAAAUCACUAAAAGCUAUACAAUGGCAGAAUGGCGGGAUGAUUUGAAGUUGAUCUUACGGAAGUCAACGGCCACAGAGCAGCAUGGAGUAUUUCUUUUUACGGAUAAUCAAAUCAAAGAUGAAUCAUUUUUGGAAGAUAUUAAUAAUUUGCUAAAUGCUGGUGAAGUUCCAAAUCUUUUCCCAGCUGAUGAAAAACAAGAAAUUUGUGAAAAAAUGAGACAUAUUGACAAACAGAGAGAAAAAUCUCAACAAACUGAUGGAUCUCCUAUUGCACUGUUUAAUUUAUUCAUUCAAAGAGUGCGAGAUCAGUUGCAUAUUGUUUUAGGAAUGAGCCCAAUCGGUGAUUCUUUUCGAAACCGCCUUAGAAGAUUUCCAUCAUUAGUAAACUGCUGUACUAUUGAUUGGUUUCAGGCUUGGCCAGAUGAUGCUUUAGAAGCAGUUGCCACCAAAUUUCUCGAAGAAGUAGAAUUAAGUGAUAAAGAAAGAGAGGGCUGCAUCUUCAUGUGCAAGAAAUUUCACACAACCACAGAAGAACUGUCCAGUUUGUUUUUCUCGAAACUUCAAAGACACAACUAUGUUACACCAACUUCAUUUUUGGAACUGAUAUCAACAUUUAAGACUCUUCUGGAGAAGAAACGAAAGGAGGUUUUGAAAGCAAAAAAUCGUUAUGAAGUAGGUUUACAAGAGCUACAGAAUGCUGCUGAUGCUGUUGCUAAAAUGCAAGAAAAAUUAACAAGUCUGCAACCUACGUUAGUCAUAGCAGGAAAGAAAGUCGAAGAACAAAUGUCAAUUGUUCAAGCAGAAUCUGCUGAUGUAGCUGAAGUAGAAAAAGUAGUAAAAGCUGAUGAAGCUGUUGCUAAUGAGCAAGCAGCUGCUGCUCAAGCUAUCAAAGAUGAAUGUGAUUCAGAUUUAGCUAAAGCUGUGCCAAUAUUAGAAGCAGCUCUUGCUGCUCUUGAUAUAUUAACUCCAGCUGACAUAACUGUUGUAAAAUCUAUGAAGAGUCCACCUGCUGGUGUGAAGUUAGUGAUGGAAGCAAUUUGUGUGUUAAAAGGCAUCAAACCAGAUCGUAUUCCAGAUCCUGCUGGGACUGGGAAAAUGAUAGAAGAUUAUUGGGGGCCAUCAAAAAAAUUACUAGGAGACAUGAAAUUUUUAGAUAGUUUGAAGAAUUAUGAUAAGGAUAAUAUUCCAGUGAAAGCUAUGAAAGAUAUUCGCAGCAAAUAUACCUCAAACCCUGAAUUUGAUCCAGAGAAAAUCAAAAGUGCCUCAACUGCUGCCGAGGGUUUAUGUCGUUGGGUUCGAGCUAUGGAUUCAUAUGAUUAUGUUGCAAAAAUUGUAGCCCCCAAGAAAUUAGCGUUAGCCCAGGCAGAAAGUGAUUUGUCUGAAGCUCUUGCUGGUUUAAAAAUAAAACAAGAAAGUUUAAAAGAAAUUCAAGACAAGCUCGCAGCUUUGGAAAGAAAAUUAGCCUUAGCCGAAAAAGAAAAAUCAGAUCUUGAAGCCCAGGUGCAGUUAUGUGCUACUCAGUUAGAAAGAGCCCAGUUAUUAAUUGGUGGCUUAGGAGGAGAAAAACAUCGUUGGAGUGAAUCAGCAGUGCAACUUGGUGUGCAGUAUGAUAAUCUAACUGGAGAUAUUCUCAUUGCCUCAGCGGUUGUUGCUUACCUUGGAGCUUUUACUUCUGCUUUUAGACAAGACCAAUGCAGUGUAUGGACAGAAGCAUGUAAAGAGACUGGCAUCCCAUGCUCUGAGGAAUUUUCUUUGAGAGCUACGCUUGGUGAGCCUGUUUUGAUUCGAGACUGGAAUUUAGCAGGAUUACCUACUGAUAAUUUUUCUGUGGAAAAUGGCAUAAUAAUCAGUAAUGCUCGUAGAUGGCCACUUUUAAUUGAUCCUCAAGGACAGGCAAGCAAAUGGAUAAAAAAUAUGGAAAGAGCAAACAAAUUACAAGCAAUCAAGCUUACUGAUGCAGAUUUUGUUCGCACUUUGGAAAAUUGCAUUUCAUUUGGAAACCCUUGUCUCUUGGAAAAUGUUGGUGAAGAAUUAGAUCCAGCUUUGGAACCUUUGUUGCUGAAGCAGACCUUUCGUCAAGGCGGUAUGAUUUGCAUCAAGCUUGGUGAUACAACUAUUGAAUAUUCACCAGAUUUUCGGCUUUAUAUUACCACUAAGUUAAGGAACCCUCAUUAUUUACCUGAAACAUCAGUUAAAGUAACUUUAGUGAACUUUAUGAUUACACCUGCUGGGUUGGAAGAUCAACUGUUGGGCAUUGUUGUUGCCAGGGAAAAGCCUGAACUUGAAGAACAGAAAAACAAUCUUCUUUUGCAAGGUGCUGAGAAUAAGAGACAGUUGAAAGCCAUUGAAGAUAAAAUUUUAGAAUUGCUCACAUCGGGAACAAAUAUCUUGGAAGAUGAAACUGCUGUAAAAGUUAUUUCUUCAAGCAAAGAAUUAUCAAAUGAAAUUCAGGAGAAACAAGUAUUUGCUGAGGAAACUGAAACCAAAAUUGAUAAAACUCGAAUGGGCUAUAAGCCUAUUGCCACUCAUUCUUCUAUUUUGUUUUUCACCAUUGCUGACUUAGCCAGCAUUGAUCCCAUGUAUCAAUAUUCUUUGCCUUGGUUUAUCAAUCUAUACAUUGGAGCAAUUGAUAAUUCUGAAAGUUCUGAAAAUCUUGCGGAACGUUUGGAAAUAUUGAAAAAUUAUUUUAUGGAGUCCCUAUAUGUUAAUGUCUGUCGCAGUUUAUUCGAAAAAGACAAGCUACUGUUUUCUAUGUUACUUUGCGUCAAUAUAUUAAAAGCAGAAGGGAAAAUUAUUGAUGAUGAAUGGAGAUUUCUCUUAACUGGUGGCAUUGGGCUGCAAAAUCCCCAUACUAAUCCAUUCUCCUGGUUGCCUACUAAAUCCUGGGAUGAGAUCUGUCGAUUGAGUGACAUGGAGACAUUCUCUGGUCUACGUGAAAGUGUUACUGAAGAAGAAGAAGGAUUUAAGAAAAUUUUUGACAGUUUAUCUCCACAUGAAGAAUUAAUUCCAGGUGUAUGGAGCAGUAAGUUGUCUGACUUUCAAAAACUUCUGAUCAUGAGAUGUAUACGAUUUGACAAAAUGAUACCUGCUGUGCAAAAAUUUGUCAUGGAUAACUUGGGAAAGUCUUUUAUCGAACCUCCUCCGUUUGAUUUAAGCAAAGCUUUUCUAGACAGUAACUGUUGCUCUCCUUUAAUAUUUGUUCUGUCUCCUGGAGCUGACCCAACUGCUGCUUUACUGAAGUUUGCAGAUGACAAGGGAUUUGGAGGCUAUCGCUUAAGUUCUCUCUCCCUUGGUCAAGGACAAGGGCCUAUUGCUAUGCGAUUGAUUGAAGACGCCAGGCAGCAAGGUUCUUGGGUUGUGCUUCAAAACUGCCAUUUGGCAAAAUCUUGGAUGCCGACCUUAGAAAAGGUGUGUGAAGACUUAACAACUGAAAAUACUCACAAUGAUUUUCGACUGUGGUUGACUUCAUAUCCUGCAGAGCAUUUUCCGGUGAUGGUGCUACAAAAUGGGGUGAAAAUGACCAAUGAACCACCGAAAGGUUUGAAAGCAAAUGUUGUCCGAUCUUAUUUGACUGAUCCUCUCUGCGAGUCUGAUUUUUUUGAAGGGUGUACACAAGCAGAAGUAUUUAAGAAGUUACUGUAUGCUUUGACGUUUUUCCACGCAUUAGUUCAAGAGAGGAGAAAGUUUGGACCUCUGGGUUGGAAUAUACCAUAUGAAUUUAAUGAAACAGAUUUAAGAAUCAGUGCACAACAGUUAUCAAUGUUUUUAAACCAGUAUCCUGAUGACAUACCUUUCGAUGCUAUUCGAUAUCUUACGGGUGAAUGCAAUUACGGAGGUCGAGUUACAGAUGACUGGGAUCGACGAACUCUCAACACCACUCUUCAAAAAUUUUAUUGCAAAGAAACAGUGACUGACGACAACUAUAGCUUUGAUACAGCUGGAAUUUAUUAUUCUCCUCCUGAUGGAACGUAUCAAUCAUACAUUGAUUACACAAAUUCUCUGCCUCUUAUUGCUAAACCAGAUGUAUUUGGAAUGCAUGCAAAUGCAGAAAUAACAAAAGACCAAGGAGAAACUAAUCUGCUGUUUGAAAGUAUCUUGCUAACUCAGGCUCGAGUAUCUGGAGGAGGCGGCCAAUCCUCUGAAGAUGUUAUUGAAAAUGUAGCGUCCGACAUUUUGUCACGACUUCCAGCUAACUUUGAUUUAGUUCAAGCCUUGCAGAAAUAUCCUACUAUGUAUGAACAAAGCAUGAAUACCGUUUUGGUUCAGGAAAUGGGAAGAUUCAAUGUUUUACUUUCAACAAUUAGAUCAUCACUUAUAAGUGCCAGGAAAGCAGUCAAGGGCUUAGUGGUUAUGUCAUCAGAAUUAGAACAAGUUGUUCAUAGUAUUCUUCAAGGCAAAAUCCCAGCUAUGUGGAUGGGUAAAUCAUAUCCGUCUCUUAAGCCACUUGGAAGUUAUAUUGGAGAUUUUUUGCAGAGGCUGAAAUUUUUGCAAGAUUGGUAUGAUUUAGGUCCGCCUAAUGUAUUUUGGAUUUCUGGUUUUUAUUUCACCCAAGCAUUUCUUACUGGAAGUCAGCAAAAUUUUGCUAGAAAGUACACCAUUCCAGUCGAUUUGCUUGUAUUUGAUUAUGAAAUUUUGGAGGAUAAACCCUACGCUAUGCCUCCAGUCGAUGGUGUUUAUGUCCGUGGUUUAUUUCUCGAUGGAGCACGUUGGGACCCUGAUACAUGGUUAUUAGGAGAAUCUCUCCCCAAAAUUUUAUAUGAUAGUUUGCCUAUUGUGUGGCUAAAACCCGUUAAGAAAGUUGAUUUAAAACCGAAGCCCAGUUAUUUGUGUCCAGUGUAUAAGACCAGUGAACGAAGAGGGACACUUUCUACGACAGGACAUUCAACGAACUUUGUAAUAUCAAUGCGUAUACCUUCUGAUAAACCAGAAGAGCAUUGGAUUGGUCGAGGAGUUGCACUACUUUGUCAACUCGAUACUUAAUAGAAUAUGUUAUUCUUUUUUAUUAUUUGCUUUGCACUUAUUAAUUAUUUUGGUUCUUAAA